AUGUUGAAAAAUUCAACAAAUUUCACAAGCCUACUUACAAGCUGUUUCCUGAAACGUCAAUUUGCGUCAGCGGCAUCGGCAGCAUCCGCGAUUCCAGCGCCAGCGCCAGUAUGGGAGGAGCAGCCCGUGUAUACAAAGAUUUUUAUCAACAACGAAUGGAAGAGUUCGGUUCGAAAGAAAAAAUUCCCCACAAUUUGUCCGGCAAAUGGACAAAAAAUUGCUGACGUAGAAGAAGGCGGUAAGGAAGAUGUCGAUUUAGCCGUCCAGGUAACUUUUUUAGUUCCCCUUGAACUGGCACUGUCUUGA